AUGGCCGCACCGCGAGAUGGAGCCCCUCUUCCCCAGGAAAAUUACAACCUGGUCAACCUCAGCGUCCUCUCCUCAACCCAAAUCUCCAACCGUACUUCCGCCGUCCUCUCCAAUCUUCAAGCGGAAGAUUCAGACAAUCAGUCGAGAACACCCAUUGUUGCCUUGACAGCCAAACCUAAAGCUGCCCCCAAACUCAUCAGCAUCAUCGAGAUCGUCAAACGAGAUCUGGCAUCCAAGAACAUCAAAUGCUUUCAGUACAAUGCGCUGAAGACGGAGUAUGUUCGGAUGCUCGACGAUGCCGGGGGGUCAGCUGAUGUUCUGGAGACCAUGCCCGGCGCAAGAGGGACCGAUCGGGGGAGGGAAGUGCCUCUGAUGACGAUCUAUCUCUCGACUGUUUCGAUUCGGGAGUUGAAAGCGGAGUAUGGGUAAGUCGCUGAUUGUAUCCUUCACAAGCUGCCCCAACCCUGAUGGCCUUGAUACAGCGAACAGACAUGA